CAAAUUAUAAGAGUAGGAACGUUUCAUAUCAAAGUGAAAGUGAUACAUAACGAUACCUUGAAUAAUAUUUGUUCAUUCAUCGGAAACCGUGCAGAAAUCACAACUCUUCAUGCACCUCCUCCUCCAUUUUCUCUUCACUUUCUCCUACAAAAAUUUCCCCUUACAUUGUUUCAUCUCAAAAUGGGAAGCAAUGCAAAAGGAAGAACAGAGAUGGAGGUGGGAGAUGAUGGAGUUGCUAUAAUCACCAUCAUCAACCCUCCAGUUAACGCCUUGUCUUUUGAUGUAUUAUUCAGCCUAAGAGAUAGUUAUGAACAAGCCAUGAAAAGAGAUGAUGUGAAGGCAAUUGUUGUCACAGGUGCAAUGGGGAAGUUUUCUGGUGGCUUUGAUAUAGCUGUUUUUGGUGUACUCCAAGGAGGAAAGGGGGACCAACCAAGUGUUAGCAACAUAUCAAUUGAAGUUAUCACUGAAAUUUUUGAAGCUGCCCGAAAGCCUGCGGUUGCAGCAAUCCAUGGGCUUGCUUUGGGUGGAGGUUUAGAGGUUGCAAUGGCCUGUCAUGCUCGAAUAUCGACUCCUACCGCUCAACUAGGUUUGCCCGAACUUCAGCUUGGAAUAAUUCCUGGUUUUGGAGGAACACAACGGCUUCCACGUCUCGUUGGUCUCUCAAAGGCUCUAGAAAUGAUGUUGACAUCAAAGCUAAUUAAAGGACAAGAAGCUCAUUCUUUGGGGCUUGUCGAUGACAUUGCCCCUCCUGAAGAGUUGAUCACGACUGCACGUAAACGGGCUCUCGAAAUCCUAGAGUGGAGAAGGCCAUGGGUUCAUAGUCUCCAUAGGACUGACAAGUUAGAGUCCCUUGCCGAGGCUAAGGAAAUAUUUGAGACUGCCAGAGUUCAGGCAAGGAAACAGUCACCGAAUCUUAAGCACCCGUUCGCCUGCAUUGACGUCAUUGAAAUGGGUGUCGUCUUUGGCCCUCGUGCUGGACUUCGGAAGGAGGUUGAAGAAUUUCAGGGACUCCUACAUACUGAUACUUGUAAAAGCUUAAUUCAUAUCUUCUUUGCCCAGCGUUCGACAACAAAGGUACCCGGGGUUACCGAUCUUGGUUUGGCACCGAGAAAAAUCACGAAAGUUGCUAUCGUGGGAGGAGGAUUAAUGGGAUCUGGAAUAGCUACAGCAUUGAUUCUUAGCAACUAUCCUGUAAUACUCAAAGAAGUGAACGAUGAGUUCUUGCAGGCUGGCAUUGAUAGAGUCAGGGCGAACCUACAAAGCCGAGUCGAAAAAGGGAAUAUGACUAAAGAGAAUUUUGAGAAGACUAUUUCUUUACUCAAGGGAGUUCUUGACUAUGAAAGUUUUAAAGAUGUGGAUAUGGUGAUAGAGGCUGUUACCGAGAAUGUUUCUUUGAAGCAACAGAUCUUUGCUGAUCUUGAGAAAUAUUGCCCACCACAUUGUAUGCUUGCUACUAAUACUUCCACAAUAGAUUUGGAGUUGAUUGGAGAGAGAACGAAGUCUUGUGACAGAAUUAUUGGAGCCCAUUUCUUCAGUCCCGCCCAUGUCAUGCCACUAUUGGAAAUUGUUCGUACCAAGCAUACAGAUGAACAAGUAAUUGUUGAUCUGCUAGAUGUUGGGAAGACUAUAAAGAAAACGCCUAUUAUCAUUGGAAAUUGCACAGGAUUUGCUGUGAACAGAAUGUUUUUCCCCUACUCUCAGGCUGCCAUUUUACUUGCCGAGCGUGGAGUAGAUCCCUAUCGAAUUGAUAGGGAAAUUUCCAAGUUUGGAAUGCCAAUGGGACCCUUCAGGUUGUGUGACCUCGUUGGUUUCGGUGUGGCAGAAGCAGCUACCAGUCAGUUUGUUCAAGAUUUUCCAGAAAGAACUUAUAAAUCUGUGCUAAUUCCUCUUAUGCAAGAGGAUAAGAAUGCAGGUGAAUCCACUCGUAAAGGUUUCUAUGUCUAUGACCAGAACCGUAAAGCUGGGCCAAAUCCGGAGUUAAAGAGUUAUAUUGAGAAGGCUCGGAGCACUUCCGGUAUUUCAGUUGAUCCUAAGCUAAUGAAGUUAUCGGAAAAGGACAUUGUGGAGAUGAUAUUAUUCCCGGUGGUGAAUGAGGCAUGCCGUGUCCUAGCAGAAGGCAUAGCGGUCAAAGCAGCCGACCUGGACAUUGCUGGUGUAAUGGGAAUGGGUUUCCCCUCUUACAGGGGAGGGCUCAUGUUCUGGGCGGAUUCUCUUGGAUCAAAUUACAUCUAUUCAAGAUUGGAGGAAUGGUCGAAACAGUAUGGUGGAUUUUUCAAGUCUUGUGGAUACUUGGCUGAAAGAGCUACUCAGGGUGCAACUCUGAGUGCUCCUGUUGGUGAUGCUAAACCUCAAAUAUAAGAUCGAUCAACUCAACUGGAAGUUUUUUAUGUGUUUCUUCUGAAAAUCUAGAUAAGAUUCCUGGGAUUGGGCUUGAACGAAUAAUGUAUUUUGGUAGAGGUUGUAUCUAUGGAAGACAUUUAUUUUUGAAGGAGUUUGAGUAGGAGCAAUAUUUCAAUUGGUAGCAUUCUUUAUCAUUUUCUCUUUUGAUGGAGCUUUUGGGAGUUCACAUUCGUUUAGAUUAUAGAAAUUUUUCAAAAUGUGUCCCUCCUAUUAAUCCCAUUAUUGUCACCCAAUACCUUAAAUGCUAUCUAAUUGUAAGUUAUUGGGUCUACAAAGUACAAACAAGGAGGUCGAGUACAGAGUUUUCCGGGAGAUAAACUUCACAGAUUUCGUAACUAUUUUCAUCAAAUUUGAACUAAAACAGGAUAUGCCAAAUAAUCUGCUGUGUUAGAAGCAAUAUUUGAAUCUCAUUUUCACAUGUUCGUGAAUCCUG